AUUAUCACCUCCCGUUUCAAAAUCCCUCCACCACCACGGCCGCCUCCAAACGGUCACCCCAAGCAAGCAAGCAGCACUAUUGUACUUCCCCCCAUCCUCCUUUGCUCGCCGCGUCGGCUCGGCUUCCGACCGACCGAUCCGGGCGGAGGGCGCUGCGCGGCGGGCGGCGGUGCCACGCAUGGCCUCCUCCAACCCCGCCGUGGCCGACGCGGGGCUGCAGAAGCUUGAGGCCGUGGCGGCAGGCGAGGGGCCGGCGUUCGGCGCCGCGCUGGCGGCGGUGGCGGCGCCGGAGCAGCAGGCGCCCAGGAGGCCUGCGUCUGCGCGGAAGGAGCGCGUGUGCACCGCCAAGGACCGCAUCAGCCGCAUGACGCCCUGCGCCGCGGGGAAGCGCAGCUCCAUCUACCGCGGGGUCACCCGGCAUAGAUGGACGGGGCGAUAUGAAGCUCACCUUUGGGACAAAAGCACGUGGAAUCAGAACCAAAACAAAAAAGGGAAACAAGUAUAUUUAGGCGCAUAUGAUGACGAAGAGGCUGCAGCAAGAGCCUAUGAUCUUGCUGCAUUGAAGUACUGGGGAGCUGGAACACAGAUAAAUUUUCCAGUCUCCGAUUACACAAGAGAUCUUGAAGAAAUGCAGAUUAUCUCCAAGGAGGACUAUCUUGUAUCUCUUCGAAGAAAGAGCAGUGCCUUCUCUAGGGGACUACCAAAAUACCGUGGGCUUCCUAGGCAGCUCCAUAAUUCCAGAUGGGAUGCUUCUUUGGGACAAUUACUUGGCAAUGACUACAUGAACCUUAGUUGUGGCAAGGAUGUAGCACUUCACGGAAAAUUUGCAGGAAGCUUUGGCUUGGAGAGGAAAAUUGAUCUGACAAAUUACAUUAGGUGGUGGGUACCCAAAAAGACACGGCAGUCAGAUGCAUCAAAAGCAGAAGAGGUUGCUGAUGAAAUCCGAGCUAUUGAAAGUUCAGCGCAGCGAACUGAGCCCUAUAAGCUGCCUUCCCUUGGCCUUAGUUCUGAUUCAAAGCCCUCUUCAGUGGGGCUAUCUGCGUGCAGUAUCUUAUCUCAGUCUGAUGCCUUCAAAAGCUUCUUGGAGAAGUCUACACAAUUAUCUGACGAAUGUACAUUUAGCAAAGAAAUAGAUGAAGGAAAGGUUGUUGUGUCAGUACCUGCUACUGGACAUGACACAUCUGCAGUGAACAUGAACAUGAAUGGGUUGCUAGUGCAAAGUGCUCCUUACACAUUGGCGCCUGUUAUGCCUACAACAAUCAAAAGUACCUGGAACCCUGCUGAUCCUUCUACGGAUAAUCUAUUUUGGAGCAACUUUGUCUUGCCAUCAAGUCAACCCGUCACAAUGGCAACAAUAACAACAACAACGUUUGCAAAGAAUGAGGUGAGUUCAACGGAUCCAUUCAAGAGCCAGGAGUGACCCCAUAUGAACUUACCAAAACAGCAGGAAUAUUUAGCUCGGUUGAUGACAACACCUUGCACUUUCAGUGUGUUCAUUCUGCCGAUCUUUUGAUGUGGUGACUCGUGAGCAAUACUCUUUGUAUCCAUACUUCACAGAACAUGCAUAGAAGGUAAGAGAAGUACAAGCAUACUUUAUGUAAUAUACAGUGGCUAAUGCCCAGGAAAUGAUAUUUAGCUGUAGAGUUGCCUGUAUAUAUUGCUGUUGUCUACAGAUUUGAGGAAGAGAACAGAAAUGAGAAUGAGAUUGUUAUGCUAAAUUAUUUAUUUUGUCCAAAUAUUUGGACUGCUUCUUUGAGUUAAAGAAGCAUAAUGCAUAUCCAGGAUUGCAUGGCUAA